AUGAGUGCCUUUCCGCCAGAUGACAUCCCAGAUGAUGAUUACCCACAGGGUUCUCCAUAUUUGCAAAAACAAUUGCAAGAGCCCUGCACUAUCAAUGAGGCAGCACCAGUACCAUUGAAUUUCACCUCGAACUCUUACGGAGCCUCCGAAGAGAUCCCCGAUACUCCGAGCAGAUAUGCUGGAAAAUCCAUACGCCCAACCAGCGGCCGACCAAUGAAGGUCAAUUACCUGACGAACAAUCUACCUUCAUCUUAUCGUCCGAAAUAUAAAUACAUGAGAUCUACUGCCACUUUUGUCAUUCACAAUGCGCCCGACUCGAGGUUCGGGGAUCGAAAAUUCGAAUGGGAGUAUGACGACAGGGUCUGGUUGCCCGACGAAGGCAUCUUCAUUUACUAUUUCACACCGCCCCCAGAACUUGAUCUCGAGGAAUAUGGCCGACUCGAGUUAAAAGAAGACGAUGUAGGCCCUUGUAUCAAACCAGAAGUUCGAUGUUUUGGCGUUCGUACGUUUGAGAAUGUGAAUUCCGGGGCUCUGUGGGUUCGAAAAAGCUACAGACUGGAUUUCGACACCCUGGAAUGGCACUACGAGCUCCAACUGGUGGCGGGCACAGCCCGUGAAAACAUUACUUGGGAGGCUGAAUCUCGACUUCUAUCUAAAUCUAUCUGGAAACUCCACCGCUAA